GCACAGACACAUUUCUGCAAGGAAUCUCAUUCAAAGUGGGAAAAAGUGAAAAACCAUUAUAAAUCUUCAAGUUUUCUAAUAAUUCAAGUGCCUAAACACAAGCAACUUUACUUUCUCUGUUCACUCAAUAGUUGCUUCAAACAAGUUGAAAAUAUGAUCAAAGCACUCCUUUUAUGGUUCUUUUUGUUUACCUACAUGAUCCUCACUUCUUCAGCUUAUGGAAGCACAUCCACAGCAAAGAUUGAAGCUCUUAGGAAUUCCAAGCUGCAAAAGGAGCCUAAUUACAUGUCUGGUAUGAUCAUGGAGUCGAGCGAACCGCUAGGAUUGCAUGAUGUGCAACAUAUGAAGAUGUCACAGAAAGCAAGGCAAGGUGGUGGAGGAGGAGGAGGAGCCAGUGACAUAAAGAAUCCACAUAAGGGGAAGAACAGUGCAAGAUCCUGUUCAGUCAAAUCGUCAUCCUUGUUCAUGGCUGCACUCAGGCAUCUCAUUCCAGUAAUGCUUCUUGUUGGUUGCUUCUUUUGAAUUCGAUCCUAGGCUUCAAGGUACCACUUAUUUAUAAGGAAUUAGGAACAACAUUAAACUAGUUAGUGAUGCUUGAUGAUGGUUAGUAGCCUAAUUUUGAUUUGUAUCAUAUCAUGUUUAUUGUAUCACAGAACUGCAUUCAUAACCUUCCCUUCUGGUAAAAAAAUAAAAUAAAAUCCUUUUUGAGAGCCUAGCAUUUA